AUGUUUGGAGUAAUUACCAUUGAAGACCAAAUUAAUGUUUUCCCAAAUGAAUUAAAUAACUUCUCUGAAAUAUGUUUAAAGAGUCUGCAAAAAAAUAGAAGCCCAAAAAUAGAUGACCCCCUGGUCAUUCUGAGGAACCGAAUAAAUGAUAAGUACCUAAAUAAAGUCGUUAAAAAUGUAGGGUUAAUGGUCCAUUUCGUAGGAUUUGACUGUGUUGAUCAUGCAGACAUCGAUGAUGAGGGAGGCUUAAUAUUUUGUGUCACAUUUAAAAUGAUAUCAUUUAAACCAUAUAUUGGGGAAGUCAUCGAGGGAGUAGUUAUUGAUUCAGAUUCAACAGGGUUAACAGUUAGCCUCGGAUUUUUUAAUGACAUUAAAAUCCCAUGUAAUGAUCUAAGGGAGCCCAAAUCAAUUGAUUCUAACACAAAAAUAUGGUCGUGGGACUAUGAAAAUCACAAAUUGUGUUAUUUUAUUGACUUUAGAAUAAGAUUCAAGGUUUCAAGCAUUGUAUUUAACGACCAAGUUUACGACAACUGUCUCCCAUCGAUGGUAAUUGUUGGAAAUGUUCAAAAUGAUGGGCUCGGGAUGAUCUCUUGGUGGAGUUAA